CAUUUUUGUAUUUUUUCUGUUUUUCUUAGUGUACAAGUCACAAAUCUCCAAUUUAAGUUUCUUGGUGACUUCUAUCAGAACUUUUGUUCAUUUUUAUUUUUUAUUUUGUCUCAAGAGAUGAAUCUUUUUCGUUCCCCACUCGGAAACAGACGACCCUUUAUAUUUUCUCACAUUCUGCUUCUUAUACUUAUACCUCCUCCUUGAUCUGAGCUCCCAAGAAAAGCCAUCAUGGGUGAAGAUGAUAUCGUGGAACUCUUAUGGAAGAGCGGCCAAGUCGUUCCAAGCAGCCAGAUACAGAGAUCCUCCUCCCACCCUCUUCCCAUACUCCGCGGCAGCGGAAGCGGAAGUGGAGAAGGAAAUGAUCCUCUACCGCACCCUACACCUUCCCUGCAGCAUCAUGAUCAGCAAAGUCUCUUCAUCCAAGAAGAUGAAAUGGCUUCUUGGCUCCCCCAUCCUAAUCGCCAAGAUUAUUUCUACUCCAGCGUCUCCUCGACUCCGGCUACCCUCCCGCAAAUUUUGGCCUCCCUGGCACCACCACCACCUAGUAUUCAGGACAUUAUGACGCCGGAGAGGCCUACCGGUCAAAUAUUUUCCGGGAGAAGGGCGGAGAAUUUUAUGAACUUCUCGAGGCUAAGAGGGAACAUAUGUACCGGCGGUAGAGUUGAAGCUGGACCGUCCAUGCAGGUGGAAUCGAGUGCGACCCCGUCAUCUUUUGCAACUGAAUCAUGUGUAAUACCAGCGACUGAGGGCACCAAGAGUCGAGUGUUGCGCACUUUUUCAGUUCCCAGUCUUGGUCGAGACGAAAAGAUGGCUAGUGAGAACGCCGGAACAAAGCCGAUUCAGACACAACCAGCGUCAGAAAUCUCCGAAGACAGGAAGCGAAAGGAGAGAGAAGAAACCAAUGCCGAAAUCCAGGGAACUGAAGAAGCUCGUGAUUCAUCAGUUACCAGGAAGAAGUCCCGAGCGGCAGAAAUGCACAACCUCUCCGAAAGGAGACGGAGAGAAAAGAUUAACGAGAAGAUGAAGACUCUGCAAGAACUCAUUCCUGGAUGCAGCAAGAAGGAUAAAGCUUCAACGCUGGAGUUUGUUAUCGAGUACGUGAAAUCGCUACAGAUGCAAGUGCAGAUGAUGUCGAUGGGACAAGGUACGAUGCCACCGAUGAUGAACGCAGGGAAUGUGCAACCGUUAAUGCCCAACAUGGCCAUGAGGAUGAUGGAUAUGAACCGGCCUCCAUUUAUACCUUUCCCGGGCACACCUUUUCCUAGGCCGCCUCAUAUGGAGGGUAUAGGUCCAUCACGUCCAGCACUAGCACCACCCUACCCUUAUGAUCCAUCUAGAGUCCAUCUACGAACCCCUCAGCCUAACCUGGUGUCUACCCAGCCUCAGUUCCCGGCUUACAUGAAUCCCUAUAGCCAGUUUGUUGGUCUCCACCGGAUGCAACAACCUCCGACUCCACUGCAUAGUCAAACAACAUCACCAGUGAGUUUCAGCGAUGGAAGUAAUAGCAAAGAACAUGAUGACCAGGACAACCAAUCAACAGGUUGAUGUGUGAAGUUAAAAAUAGAUAAGUUAUCUUAGCAAAUCGCUAAAAUUUAAAAUAAGCAGAGAUCUAACUUGUAGAUUUUGUCUCUUAAGGUUAAAGCUAGGUAGGUAUGUACCUCUUUAGUUUCAUUUCCUGUUUCUACAAAUGUCAGAAUCUGGAAUGGAAUCUAGGUGGUCAGGAUACACAUGUUGCAAGGUGGACCAUAAACUAAUUUAAACCACAACGAUCGAGUUAGCAAAAGUACAUGACCAUCCUCGUAUUAUGAUACAAUUGAGACCAACUAGGUCAAACAAACACAUUAGCAAAACCAUAACUUAAAACAUGU